UCGCACUUGACCGUGACCGUGCAUAGAUGUGAUUCAUCCACGAUGCUGUCAGGCUCGUCGUGUUGCCCGUGCUGUCGCUGCUCUUGUCCUGCCUGCUGCUGCUGUGGUUGUUGUUGUUCGUGGUGCUGGCUGCUGCUAUUGUCAUCAAGCCGUGGCUGACAGUAGCGCCUGUGACGCGCAAGUUGCCGUGGGUGUUGUUGCACUGUCACAGUCGCUGGGUUCACGAAGUCGGCUUCGUCGUCGCUGCCAUACAGCCGCCCAUCAUCUCCAGUGCCAGUGCGCCUCUCAUCCUCGACCUUCUCCUCGCUGCCCUCAUUUCCAACGCCGUCCUCAUCGUCGUCGUCGUCGUCCACGACAAUCACAGCGUCCUCCCUGCCACCAUCCUUCGCCCGUUUGCAUGGCUGCAUCGUGGCAGUGGUGGUGGCGUGUCUCGUCUUGUUCUCCGUCGUUCGUUCGUUGUUGUCAUCAGAAAUCACCCAAUACAGCCGCUCACAGCAGGCUUGUUUCUCUUCUCUCUUGUGUCUGUUCGUGCUUGUGUGUUCACUCUUGCUUCCCCCACGGCCAUGGCUGAUGCAUUGGAGAUGGUUGCGGGCCAAGCGACCGCACGCCCGGCCCGUACCCUUCAAACCAUCCUCCAAAACAAGCGGGAGGCGCGCAACGCCGCUGAAGCCGUUGAGGAACGCGAGAUGCGACAGGCCGCAAAGCCAACGGGCUUGCGACGGGAACUCUACGACCUCGUUGGCGACCGCGUACCGUUGAUGCCUGCUUCGACAUACAAGGGAUACAGCAAGGAGACGGCAAUGCGACGCGCAAAGAGCUGGAAGUGGUGUUCGUUCACCAACAAGGCCCGUGAGGAUGGCCUUGUGCUGCACCACUGGCGCGAGGAGGCGCGUGCGAACGAGGAGUAUAUGUUCGCGCGCUUUGACGAGUACAAGGUGACCGCGCCCAGGAUCUCACGCGACGUGUAUGCAAAGUAUCUUCAAGACGACAGCUGGUCAUACCUCGAAACCCGCAAACUCAUGGACCUGUACGAGGCGUUCUCCGGCAGCUUCAUUCUCAUGCAGGACCGCUAUUCCCAGUGGGUUCGCGCAAUUGCACUCCCGCUGCCACUGCGCACGGUGGAGGACCUGAAAGACCGCUUCUACGACUGCAAGCGCAAGCUCGCCAAGGCCGGCAUUGCCUCGGACGCCGUCGCCAUCAGAUACAGGUAUGACAAGAAGCACGAGGAGGCGCGAAAGGAGCAGCUGCGCACUCUCGCCGCACGCACACACGACCAGUAUCUGGAGGAGCAAGCGCUGAAGGACGAGCUCAAGGCGCUGCGCCAGGAAAUGCGCGAGAAGGGCGUCUCCACGGAAUCUGUGCUCGCGCCAAAGAAGAAGAAGAAGGGCAAGAAGGACACCAAGGCAGGCGCAGCUGGCACCGCCACCGCCACGGCAACCAAGCCCUCCCCUGCCGCAACAACAGCAGCGGCAGCAGCGGCAGCAGCGGCAGCGAAGCAGGCGAGCAAGGGUGCUGCUGCGAAGACGACACCGCCCAAGACAGCGACCACCAAGGGCCGCCGGGGCUCCAAAACGGCCACGGCAGCAGGCGCAGGUGCGGCAGCAUCAACCCCCGUCGCAGGCAAAGCAGCGCCGUCAACGGCUGCCAAGGGCGGCAGGCGCGGGUCUGCAGGGAGCCGGGGUGGUGGCGCCACGCCGCGCACACCCGCAGCCUCGCGACAGGGGUCGACGUCGUCGCUGAAGGAUGCGGGGCGGCGGCCAUCGAGUGUGGGCCGGCCAACGGUCAGCCUUGUCAGCGCCAGUAUGCGCAAGGUCUCUGCUGCAAACACGCAGAAGGCGCGCGAUUUCAUCAAGUCGUUCCUCGACAAGUACAACCUCGGUGAUCCACUGCCGACGUCGCGGUUGAUGCCGGAGCUGCUGGCGCUCAAGUCGCUUGCCCUCAACUUCCACGAGGAGCAGAACAAGGCACAGGGCCUGGAAUACCAAGUCUGGCGUCUCAGGGAUGCGCGGGACACGCUGCUGAAGCGCAAAGGGCUAUCGCCAAGCAGCGAGACAGAUCCUGCAACCACAACAACAACGCCAGCAGCAGCAGCAACCGCCACCCCACGUUCCUCCGCACAGCAGCAAGCCGCAGCGACAGCCGGGCCCGUGCCAACCGUCACCCCUCAGCAGGAGCUGGCACCAGCAGCAACAACAACAUCAGCAACAACAGCAUCAACAACAGCAUCAACACCAGCAGCAACACCAGCAGCAACAUUAUCAACCACACCAGCGUCAGUGACAACAUCACACCAGCAGCAGGAGGAGGAGGAGGACGCUGGCGGAGAGCAGCCAAGCAAACGAGCGCGCACGGAGUGACACUGCGGUUUGUGAUGUUGCUUACGAAAUGCUGACUCUGCAGUUUCGGCUGUUCUGUGAAUGAUACCCGGUAAAAAUCGAACCACCGAAAUUAGCUCUCUUGCUUUGCAGCCGUCCACGCCCACCACACAACAAGAGGGCGAAAAAUAAAAUAAAAAUUGUCGUGCUGCGGUGGUGUGCGUAUUUGGCGAUUUGUGUUGGC